AAAUAUUUUAAUUCUAAUAUGAGUUUGACAUUUGUAUUCACGAAUUCGUUAUCAAUGAUGAAAGUUUACUAGUUUACGUUGAUUUUAAAAGUUAUUGUUUUGUGUAUCAAAUAAUUUAAAAAUCGCUUUACCAUGGUGACUUCAUAUUACAUAAUGAAAAUGUCGCAAAAUAAAUUCGACGCCAUUAGUUACUAUAGCAAAAUAAACGAGUCGCCGGUGAAGAAAAACACAGAUUAUGAUUGCUGUAGAAUAUGUUUACAACAAGGAAUAAUAUCAAUUUAUGAAAAUGAAGAUUCGUCAGAGAUUUUGGAAGCUAUAAGCAUAUUCGCAGGUUUUGAAGUCACAGAAAAUGAUGAAUUUUCUAAACAUUUAUGUCGUUUUUGUUACAAUUUUCUUCAAGGCGCUAUUUUAUUUAGAAAAACGGCUAAGAAAUCGGCAGAAGUUUAUAAUCUUCCAGUUAAAGAGGAGAUAAUAUUAAAUCAAAACCAAGAUCAAAUAGAAACAGAUAAUUCAACUCAAAAUUACACUGACUGUUAUAAUUACGACUCUAAACAAGAUUGGUCCCCUGAAAAUGACAUACAAGAUAAAAGCACUAAAAAAUUGAAGCAAGCAACAAAAGUAACAUGUCACAUUUGUAACAAAGUUGUAAAUAGAUCAUAUUUCAAAGAGCAUCUAACAAUGCAUGAUCCGAACCAUCUUAAAUAUGUUUGUGAUGUUUGUGGGAAAUCAUUCAGAUUGAGAUGUGCAUAUCACAAUCACAGUCUACGUCAUAGAGAUGAUUUCCCUUUCAAAUGUCAAUUCUGUCCAUAUAGAGGCAGAUACGCUGAGCUACUGAAAACACACAUGAGAACCCAUACAGGGGACUACAGAUAUAUGUGUACAGAAUGUCCCGCUAGAUUUUUAUUUAAGAGUAACUUAAACAGUCAUAUGUUAAAACAUAAAGAGCCUCAAUUCAAAUGCAAUGCUUGUAAAAGAGCCUUCCACACCGAACAGAUGUUACAAAGACAUUAUGAGGCUGAUCAUUUGGGUAUAAAAAAUCAUGUUUGCAAUAUGUGUGGGAAGGCCUUUGGUUAUAGAAAUGCUAUGAUGAAACAUCAACGUCAUGUACAUAAAAGAGAAAAGUUCUUGUUUGGCAGAAUGCCUUCAUAUUUAGAAGCGGAACAGAAACAUCAAGAAGAUGGCUGAAUCAACAUAACUCAAGCCCAUAACCAAAAGGGAUAGACAGAGGUCAUGAACCAUUUGGCGCAGUCCUGACGGCUGAAACAAUGUUGAAAUAUUAACUGAAGCAUAAAAAUAGUUAAUACAAAAUGUCUGAGAGAUUAAAAUGUGAACAUAAAAAUAUGCUUUUAUAAAUAUGAACAUAUUCUAGACAAGUUUAUUCUGUGCAAGUUGUGUUCAGAAAAGUAAAUUUAUCACUUAUUAUUAUAAUCUACUAUCCUUAGUCAG